CGUACUUAGCAUUUCUAAUCGAUCUUUUGGCUAAUCGCUAUCAUGACAUCGUUUUGGUCUAACAACCCAUUUGAAGAACUAAUAACUAAUGCGACUUCUGAGCUACGGCCAAGCAACGACAUAGACUUACCUGCUACUAUCGACAUUGCCGAUCAUAUCAGAAGCAAAAAGGUUUCCCCUAAGGACGCAGUCAAAUCGUUUCGCAAACGGCUGACGCAUUCUAACCCCAACGUUGUCCUCUUGGCACUACAGCUUUGCGAGUUUUGUGUCCAGAAUGCAGGCAAGCCGUUUGUCUCAGAGGUAUCUACCAAUGAUUUUCUGAAGAAUAUCCAAAGGAUAGCAGUGGAUAAGACAUCGGAUCAUGCGACGAGGACCAAAGCUAAAGAACUCAUACAGAUAUGGGCAAUAGCAGCUCGUAAUGACCAAAAGUUGCAGAAUUUUACAUCGGUUUACGAGGAAAUGAAGUCAAGUGGGGUCGAAUUCCCAUCCCCACCACCCAAUAUCACUUCCCUCUACUUUGAAAGCUCAGGGGCACCAGAUUGGACGGAAUCCACAGUAUGCGAGCGAUGUCGGACGCCUUUCUCACUGACAAAUCGUAAACACCAUUGUAGGCAAUGUGGUGGAACGUUUUGUCAACUUUGUUCGUCUAGGAAGCUACGACUGCCACAUCUUGGAAUUAAUGAACCAGUUCGUGUAUGUGAUGGAUGCUACUCGCUGUACCUGGAAAAAAAGUCGCAAACCGGGUCCCCUCGUAUACCCAAUGGUAGCGGUGUGAGCGUAGAUCAACCUGAAAUAGGCGCAUCCAGUGCUGACGAUUUGGACGAAGACUUGCAGCGAGCCUUGCGUUUAUCCAUGGCGGAAGCAGACAAGAACGACAAUUUGGGCAAGCAAAAUGAGUCUAUUGAUACCCAGCAAACCAUAGAAAACAGAUCCGUUUAUCAGUACCCUCAAGUCAACAACAGUGGAACAGUAUCAAACGACAAUCAGUAUGUCCAGAACGUUCGUCGGGAAACGGUUGAGGAAGACCAGAAACACAUUAUUGAACAAGUGGAGCACAUUUGUUGCGAAAUGAAUGAACGUAUGGCGUCUGGACUGGUAGGCAAGGACGCUACAGAGGCUGAAUUCCAAGCCAAAAUGAACAAGAUGCAAUCAAAGCUACAACAAGAUUGUGAAUCUGUCACAAGGACGCAUUACUCUGCCGUACUUCUACAUGAUCAGAUACAAUGGAUUGUGAAGACUUACGACUCGCUGCUAGAAGCUCGGAUCCGUGCCUUCCACAACAAAGACAUGGAAAAUGGAUACACUAGCCCUCAUGUCAACGCAUACUCUAUAGACGAAGAUUUAUAUGCCGAUGCGUCCGCUCCGGACUUUUCAAUGGCAACCCAAACCAUAAGCGACGCACAAGCUCGUGUCAAUACCGACACUAAUCAUAUGAACAACAAUUUGCAAAUUGUGCAACCCUCUCUAUCCGUUGCACAAACCAAUGUGAAAACACCACCCAAUCCCCCUGAUAUGCCGCUCAUAGACUUGAGCGAUUGAUGAUUUGUUUUUGUUUUAGUAGGUGGUAGGAUAGCAAAGUAAAGAUAAAGCAAAACAGUCGGAAGUAGUAAUUGUACAUAAUCAUACUCAUAUAAAAAACAA